ACCCUCUUCCCCUGUGCAUAGACAAAACCCUAAAACCUAAAACUGAACAAGUGAGGUGCAGAGUUGAGCCACCAAAACCCACUCUGCAAACUGUUUCUGUUUCUGUUUCUGUUUGGUUGUGAUGUUGGAAAUUAAAACCGCUAAGACACGCAAGGGAAAACGGGAGCUCGAGAAGCGUGCUCCCAAACUCGUUGAAUCGGGGAAGAAGACGCUUAUACUGCAUGGGACGAAGACUAGUGGGGUUUUGAAUGCGGUGUUGACGCAGAUUUAUCACCUGAAGAAGGACAGUGCCGUGAAGUAUAGUCGCAAGAAUGAGAACAUUAAGCCGUUUGAGAGUGGCGGCGAGACUUCUUUGGAGUUCUUUUCUAUGAAAACGGAUUGCAGCAUCUUUGUGUAUGGAUCUCACUCAAAGAAGCGACCUGAUAACCUUGUUAUAGGGAGAACAUAUGAUCACCAUAUCUAUGAUUUAGUAGAAGUUGGGGUUGAAAACUUUAAACCCAUGGAAUCAUUUACUUAUGAUAGAAAAACAGCUCCAAGGGAAGGGUCAAAGCCUUUUAUUGCUUUCAUUGGAGAAGGAUUUGAGGCUGUGGAUGAACUAAAACAUUUUAAGGAAGUUUUACUUGAUCUUCUUCGUGGAGAGGUUGUGGAGAAUUUAAAUCUUGCUGGACUGGACCGGGCAUAUGUUUGUACUGCCCUAUCUCCAAAUAGGGUAUUUUUUACACACUGUGCAUUGCGGCUGAAAAAGUCAGGCAGCAUUGUACCAAGAAUGGAAUUGGUAGAAGUUGGCCCUUCCAUGGAUUUCGUUGUUCGUCGGCAUCGUCCUCCUAAUGAUAGUUUGAGGAAGGAAGCCAUGAAAACUUCAAGGGAGAAGCCAAAGAAAAAGGAGAAGAAUGUUAAAAAGGAUGCACUACAGGGAAAGAUUGGAAAUAUUUAUAUUCCAGAUCAGAAGGUUGGAGAAACGGCUUUACCUUAUAAAGCUAAAGGAGUAAAGAGGGAGCGCCGAGAAGCCAAGCAGAAAAAGGGGAGUGAUGAGCAUGCAUCAAAAAGGAAGAAGGAAGAUUCUUAAUAUAUAUAUAUAAAAAUUACAAAUGUUGUCUUUCCCUGGCUUUUGAUUAUAAAGUGAUCUAUCAUUGAUUAAAUUAUGUUUAACUUCGUAUUAGGUGACAUAAUUGUUCUUGAUUCCCCUUAUAUGGGGGGUUUUGUCAUCAUUUUAUUUUCAGUAUUUUUGUUUUUCCUUCAAAUUUUGCCACCAUGAAAAUUAACUUUAUCCGCGAGCUGCUUGAAUCGUGAGUCGUAACUUGUACUAGUUUAUUCAUUUAUGUUCAAAUGGAUAUCUUCCGUUUC